CAAUAAUGAUACGUAAGCCGACAUUAUCUCCAGAAAAACAGCGCCAAAUAGAAGAAAUCACAAACAUGUUCAACAAAAUCGACCUCGACUGCUCUGGAGAAGUUGAGCCUAUCGAAAUCUAUACUUUAUUCAAAACCUCAGGCUACAUGAUAACAAAAGAGGAGAUUAUAGAGCUGUUCUUCAACAAGUCUUCUACAAUCACACUUGAAGAGUUCUUGCAGAAGUCUAAGGAUGAAGAGUAUAGGGCUAAGUUUAGGCAAGUUAUGAGGAAUAUUAGGAAGAAAAUGAAACUCAAAAGAUUUCAUGGUUAUGAAGAAAGAGACCCUCAGAACCUUGAUGGACAAUUAACCUCGAUAUCUUUUGACAGUGUGCUGUUCCAUCUCUCUGUCAACCAAAAACGAGAUGACCUGCGUAAAAGAAUCUUAGACCCAGAAGGAAGAAGUGGCAAGGAAGAAAUUGAGAUUCGGCAAGACCUUGAAAACUUCAAAUAAACUAUUCCAAGUUGGUCAUGAUGAAGAAAAGUUCUUCAACGAAGACAGAGAAUUUGUUAAGAGACUUACAUUGAAAUAAACAGGAGGAAUCCAUGAAAUUAUCUAAAAUCUCUUCACAGAGGAAAACUCCAUUUGAUAAGUACUCUCCAGUCAGAGAGUCUGACUCUGAAGGUUAUAAUAUGAUUAAAUAGCCUGAUUAAACCCGAAUAUAGCAUAAACAAGGGAUAUGGCAACGUCAUUUGUAUUAAUAAUGACAGUUUUGAUAACAGGAAUAACUUUGCAACGGGAGAUAAUACCUCAAAAAGUCAAACAUAUGACUUCAAAAAGAGCACUCAAACCCGGGAUGAGUCUUUAAACAAUGAGUCUGCUAAUUUCCAAGCAAGGGCUUAUGAUGAAACUCCUGAAAUAUCAAGGAAUAUGGGGAAGUCCAGAAACUUGUCCUCUUCCAAAACUGGAUCUAGAAGCUACAAUAUUAACCAAUGUAUCACUGAUGCAAUCACUAAUGCUAAAAAGAACUAUAAGAGAAGAAUUCUCCAUCUCAAUAAUGAUUCCUCCAGCCAGUAUUACGGAGACAAGGAGCUUCCUAACUGAGUUAGCUUCAGAGUUUCUAAAAGAAAAGCAAAAUUUAGUCCAAUGAAAAUAAAAAGAAAGAUCGACCAAAGCAACAGAGAAAAUAAUCAUCACAAACGAGACACUUCCUUCCCCAAACUUAAGAUAGAUGCUUACAAGAAAUUCUUGGCCAAGACUAAUCAGUUGCCUAGGUCAGGAAAGUCCUUGACCAGACCGAGGAAAUCAACCAAUUUGGUCAACAUUAAGAUCAACUCGGGGAGCAACGCACUUUUUACACGUAAAAUGAAUACUAAAAAGACGAUGAACAUUCUAGACUUCCCAACACCCAGUAACAAAAGGCCAGAUAAGUUGUUCUCCUUAAGGAGUACCAAAAGACCUCUUCAUAGGGAAAAUAAGUGAACAAUCUCUAAUUAUAUUAAAGAGAACAAGAAGUUUAUUAAAUUUAUGGACAGAGAACUCAGAGAAAGGAGCCAUAAUGAAAGAUCUACUAGCAAUAACUCUCCAUUUUUAUAAUCAUAUUAAUGAAAAGGUUCUAACAUUUCUCUAAAUUUAAAUUUAUGAUGAC